AUGUCAACUAUUCCACUAUUGCCGAUGAAUUCCACCAGACUUCAAGUGCUCAUUUGGACCCUUCUGGUUGUAUUCACCAGUCGGACCUUUUCCAAUCUCAAUUACACCACUACCACCAUCCCCACCACCAACAUUGUCCCUCCCAUUUUACAUCGUCACCGUCGGAUUGCCUCUUCAGUCGGAGUGGAGGACCUAUUGCCUCAGACUGAGGUCUGUAAGGAGUUUGUGGAGUCCAAGGUAGUACUGAAAGGCGCCAAGGCAGCUUCGCCAGCGGACAUCUUCAACAACCUCUCGAUUGGAAAUGACUUUGCUAUGACUGGACGAAAAUACGCCAAAAACUACGUCUUUCAGUCACCAAAUUAUCCACGCAACUAUCCCAACAGCAUUGAAUGCUUCAAACUCAUCAUUGGUGAGUUGUGUCCUCCUCGUUUUCCAUAA